GCUAUCCUUCGUAUGUAAACAACAUGGCUGCCCAGUGACAUUCCAUACUGAAUAGUUUAUAAUUAAAUUGCAUAUUUUAUACUUUGUGAGAUAAACUAUUCGUUUUUAAAAGAUUGUCUCAAAGAAUAUUGUACAAUCAGAAGUAACCAUGGCAACAGGCACACCAUCUCCAACACCUUCAGAAGACAACAGGAAAAACAAUAGAGAUGAUACCAUGUACAGUGCCCUUGAUAAGGUCAUGGGAAAUUCUGUGCAAAGUUAUGAGGACUUUCUAAACAGCUUUACUUUCCUUAAAACAGGUAUGCAGGAGAAACAAGUUGUCAAGAAAGAGCAAGUUGAUAAAAGUUCAGAUAAAAGAAACAAAACUAGACUGUUGAAAAACAAUGAAAAUGCACCCGAUCUAGUGAGUGAAUCAAAGGCAAGAAUUAAAGACUCACCUGUCAAGGUACCAGAAUCACAAGAUAUCGAAGAAGAGAUUUUAUGUGAAGGGGACACAACUAGUAGAAUAAACAAGACAAAAGUCAUCAAAACAGGCUCAUUAGUCAAGUUUGACAAUUUUGUUGAUCCUGUUGCCGAUGGUGAUGAUGAUAUUGAUGUCAUUGAAGAUAUGUCUACACAAAGUUAUUCAGCCAGUUUCAGUUCAGGAAUCUCCACUAGAAACAGUGCUGCCAGAGAGAUGGUUAAUAUUGUUCCUGAAAGAGUUCAUACAGUCAAAGCUAGUUCAAACAGUUUCCGUGAUGAUGGUGAUGUCACAGACAUGCUCAAUUCACACUUAUCUUUAGAUGAAAAUUCAACUGAUAAAUUAUUAUUAAAUUUUCUUGCCGAUUUACAAAAUGAAAAAAAUGAGCAGACUCCAGACAAUACAUCACAAUUAGAAGCUGCAAGUUCUGAAAUGGACAUAGCAAACUUCUUACAUAAAAAUAAAAAACCUAAACAACAGCAUAUUCCAGAGGUGAAAGAAGCUAGUACAGAAUCUGAAGAUGUAAACUUUAACAGUGAUGAUGAUGAUAAUGAUGCUAUUGAUUUAUUGUGUGAUGACUCAGAGACUAAUGAUGUUAAAGUGAAAAUAACUGAAGAGGAUUUGAAGACAAUGAAUGUACCAGAUCAAAAGGUGAAAGCAAGAUUAGAUGAUAUAUACAGGAGCAGUUUACGAGAUUCUGAAGGUAAUGUGCAGAUUGUGAAGACAAAUGAAAACACAUGUAUAGAAGAACAUGGGGCAGUUGAUUUUGAUAAACUUGUGUUUCCUGGUCAAGUAGAAGAGAGAAAUGAUGAACCUGGUGUUGAGAAUGACAGAUUACUGGACUUUAAGGCAACUUUCAGAGAAUCAUCAGUGAACUCUGACAUACAGGUAGAGAGCACAGAUCUUGUCCAGCCAUUCAAACUAGAUGAAGAUUUUGACUAUGAUAAUGUAGUGCUUACUCCAAAAUUCAGUUCCGAGGAUCUUCGACAGAUAAAACUGACUGUAAAAUCUCAAACUGCAGUCAUGUGAUCAUUUUUGUAUGUUCAUGUUAAACAUAAGUGUACAUUCCAGUUUUGACUCAUUUUUGUUGCGUAAUUAUCUCCCUUUUUGACAUCUAGUUUAUUAAGUUUAUUUCUGUCAAAACAUGUGUUUUUAUUUAUUAAUUUAUUUAUAACUGUCAUAUUGUUAGAGUUUUCUUUCAGUUUCAUAUUAUCAUAAAUAUUUUCUAUUUUUGAAUUAAAUUUUAAGUAUGCAGCUUUUCA